CCUCGCGGCCAAGCCUGAGCGACCCCCGGGUUCUCUGGCUCCCCCUCCCUCCUCCCUGUUUUUUUCCUGCUCUUGCUGCAGCUACAGCUUCAGCUCUGCGUUAUGGCAACGGAGCCGCCAUCCCCUCUCCGACUCGAGGCUCCUGGCUCCCCCGAAAUGCGGACCCCACCCGUGAGCGAGCCCACCCCCGAGGGCAUCCAGAAGCCGACGUGCUGCAGGCUCCGCUUCCUCAACGGUUGCGUGCCCCUCUCUCAUCAGGUGGCCGGGCACAUGUACGGAAAGGACAAAGUGGGUAUCUUGCAACAUCCAGAUGGCACAGUUUUGAAACAGUUACAGCCACCUCCAAGGGGUCCAAGGGAGCUGGAAUUCUAUAAUAUGGUUUAUGCUGCUGAUUGUACUGAUGGUGUUCUUUUAGAGCUACGAAAAUAUUUGCCAAAAUAUUACGGCAUCUGGUCACCUCCUACUGCACCAAAUGAUUUAUAUCUAAAACUGGAAGAUGUGACCCAUAAAUUUAAUAAGCCCUGUAUAAUGGAUGUAAAGAUAGGGCGAAAGAGUUAUGAUCCUUUUGCUUCAUCUGAGAAGAUUAAGCAACAAAUCAGCAAGUACCCAUUAAUGGAAGAAAUUGGGUUCCUGGUGCUUGGCAUGAGGGUGUACCAUGUUCAUUCUGACAGCUAUGAGACACAAAACCAGCACUAUGGAAGAAGCUUAACGAAAGAAACUCUAAAGGAUGGAGUCUCCAGGUUUUUUCAUAAUGGAUUCUGCUUAAGAAAAGAUGCUGUCUCUGCCAGUAUUCAGAAGAUUCAGAAUAUUCUGCAAUGGUUUGAAAAUCAGAAGCAGCUUAACUUUUAUGCAAGUUCAUUACUGUUUGUUUAUGAAGGUUCAUCUCGGCCAACUACUACAAAAACAAAUGACAGAACCUUGGUAGAAAAGUUUUUGUCCACAGGACAAUUGUCAGACACAGAUGUACUGGAGUACAAUAAUAACUUUCAUAUGUUAAAUUCCACAGAGAAUGGAAAAAUAGACACUUCAGAAGGCAAAAGCUUGUCCAAGAUGUAUGCUCGUCACAGAAAAAUGUGUUCAAAAAAACAUUACAGUCAGACUUCAUUGAAAGUUGAAAAUAUAGAACAAGACAAUGGAUGGAAAAGCAUGUCACAGGAACGUUUAAAUGGAAAUGUACUUUCCCAACUGGAAAAAGUUUUCUGCCAUCUUCCCACUGGUUGCCAAGAGAUUUCAGAAGCAGAAGUGCGAAUGAUAGAUUUUGCUCAUGUGUUCCCUAGCAACACCGUAGAUGAAGGAUAUGUUUAUGGGCUGAAGCAUUUAAUUACUGUAUUGCAAAGUAUUUUAGACAAUUGAAUCCUCUGCUGUGGCCUUUUUAAAGGAUGGAGCAAUCAUAAUAAAAGCAGCAGUCAAUAUUUCUACACUUGUAAAGUUAUGUAAAAAAUUUAUAUUGUGAGUCCACAUUUUGUCUUUAUACUUUUGGUAGAAGGAUUAUCUUUUUUAUAAUCUUACUCAGGAAAAGUAUAUGUUCACUAGAAAACUAUGAAGCAUAAAAAACCUAGGAAUGUUAUGCAGGGAAUGUGGUGGUACAUGGCUUAAACAUCUAUUUGGCUCAAGCAAAAUGCAAACCAUUAUUCAGUCAUUAAGAGUUUAUUUAGCUUUCUGUAGCCAAUUUGUCAUGAAAUUUCUGCCCACUAAACCUUGACAAUGAGUCAUAUCUAAACUCAUUUAAUUAUUGGAAUCGUUUUAAAAAUCUAGAAAGCACAGGUUUUUGUCCUUACUAUUGCUAUGAAUGAAGCUAUUAAAACUGGAAAAAAUUCUACUUCAGAAAGUUAAGUACUAUUUAGGUUUUAUAUUAAAAGUUCAGACCAGCAUGUCAAAAGGUGCUUCUUAGUAAAGUGAUUUACAGUGAUUGCAUUCCAAAAGCAGAUUUUCUCUUUUUUCUGUUUAUGUGCCUAUUUCAAAAUAUUAUAUAAAGAUAAUUGAAAUGAACAACAACAACAAAAACCUUGAAAUUAUGGUCACUAAUAAUUAUUCUUGCCAGGGUUAGAAGAAGAAAAGUCAUUUGCAAGGAACAAAAUGUAUUUCUUUUAAAAUUUUUCAUUGAUGCAAAAAUUAGAAAUGUAUUUACUACAUUGUGAAAAAUGUUAUAAACCAUAAAUACCUUUUUCUACCUUUUCUCUCUCUUAUUUUUCCUUUAAAGAGCUUUUGAGAGUUUUUUCUUUCAAAAUUCAUGUAUUUAUAUGACCCCCAUUUAGUUAAGCAGUAGUAUAUAUUGCUAAGAAGUGUUUCUAGAAUUCUAAUAAGCAGUGAAGGACACCACCCAAAAGUACCACAGGUAAUUAGUGCAUCUCUAUAAGUAUGGUGCAUAUCAAAUAUAUGCUUCUAUUUCACUCUUACUCAAAACAGUUUUAUAUCCUAUUCCAGAUAGAAAUUAUAAUUUAAAUUGUGAUGGGUGGGAAAAUUAGAUUCUUAAGUAUUAUCUGUGCUUCACAUCUACUAUCCUUUAAAAAAUAAAUAGUUAUUUGUUAUUGAAAACAUUUGAAACUUUAAAAUUAGACUUGCAUAUGUUAGAUAUUUAUGAAAGCAUUACUUGCACUUUGACUCAGUGAUAACACAUCUAAGUAGUUAAUAGUUUUGCCAUAUUGAAAAAUGGUUUAUAUUUGUGAGCUUUGAACUUUCUCCUCUCUUUUUCUCCCAGAAUUACAAACUAAGCUUUUAAAUCUAAGCGUUUUUUUAAAAUGUAAAGUAUCACAAUUUUGUGUUUAUCUCACCUUCCCAGUCUAAAUGUUCUUCGCAAAUAUCUGAGCACAAACAGAAAUACCAAAUGCUCUAUGAAUUCUAUGCUUAGUAAUUCUAGUAAACCUGAAUAACUUUAAAACUCUUACACAUUUUGUUAUAGCAGAAUUUGUUGUUAAUUUUUUAUUUAGAGUCAGAGUAAGUAUUUUCCAUAGAAACUUCAUGUUUUUAUCUACUGCCUAAAUGGGUAUGGGCAGUAGCUUUUUUUGUGUGCAGAUGAAUUUCAAGUCCUAAUAAAUAUUCAAAACUUUUUUAUUUUAAUUUUUUUUCUCCUACAGCAUAGACUUUUGUUGUUGUUGUUAUUUGGACAGUGGUUCAACACUCUUAAGCUCAGAUAAUUAACAAUUUUGAGUCUUAAAGAGGGUUUUUUUGAAUGGGAACAUUGUACAUCAGACUAUGUACAAUGAAUUUAAAAAAUUUAAAUAUUGCCAGAUUUUUUGCACAUUUUAGCUCAAUAAAGUGUGAAUCAACUGUUCCAGAUUUUCUUUAUCCAUAUGUAGAAAUAUAGUUUUGUAAAAAUCAAUGUCUUACCUUUUUGAUACAAUAGAUCAUAUUUUUUUUUAAUAAAACAAGAAGCGUUUUUAUCUUUUAUUUUUCAGGGAAGGGAUUAACAGUUAAUUCUGUUUGUUUACAUUUUUUAUCACUGUUAUCCAAUGCCCAUUUUAUGUUUAUAAGUAAGCUUACAUGUCACAGAAUCAGUCUCUGUCUAUGUAAUCUACAUGUGAAUAUUUUACUCUGUAGCCCAGUCAUUUAACAUUAUGCUGAAAUUUACCACUGUGGGGAAGAAUAAUUACACUUUACCAAGCAUGUUUAAACAUAUACAUGUUUAAUAAAUAAGCAUAAUAAGGAUAUAGUUUGGGUUAAUAGGAUUACUGUAGUUUAUUUCCUCUAAGAAAUAUAAAUAAUGAUUUUAGUGCAUUUCUUAUGGAAUGCACUCAUGAAAAGGACUUUAAGAAAUUGUGGAUAAUGAAUAAUACAUUUCUCUAAUAAAAAUUUAAAUUAUGGAAUAGUUUUAUAAUAAAGUAUUUACAUUAAUUGAUAUUUUAAUAUGGAUGGAAGUUGCAUAGAUUCAAGUAAAUUAAAAAUUGAUAAAUGCUAAAUAUUUUAUCUAAAUAGUUUUUCAAGAAACAGUUGUGAAAAUGUGUAUAUUAAAUGGUUCUAAUGUGGAACUUGUAUUUUCAACUCAGUAUUCAUUAUUCUUUGUUUUAUGUGUCUGGAAAGAUCAUACUUACAAUGUCUCUUCAUACUACAAUUUGCUAUUGUGAAGCUUUAGAUUGUGUUAAAUUGAAUAAGAACUUUAUGAUUUUGAUUGAGUAUAAUUUACUAUUUUAUGAUUUCCAAGAUGAUGUUCUUCAUGUUAUCUCUGUAAUGUCUAUAUAUUAAAUUUAUAAUAUAACUUAAGAAAAAUGAAUUUUCAGAGAUAUUUCAUUGUAAUUUUCAUAUUUCAUAUAACUGAAAACAUGCUUCUAGGAUUGGGAAUAUUGAGAUGGGAUGAAAGAAUAUAGUAUGUAACUUUAUUUGUGAAAUUACAGAAAUUUUGUUCACUAUUUUUAAAAUAUUGUCAUCAUUUUAGUACUCUUUUAGUAGUUAGGCAUUUGAUACUUUAAAAUUUUAUUUGUUCUUAAAAUUGUUUACAAUGCUUUGUGAUAAUCUUCCUUAUCCAGUGCCUUUAACCUUGAUUUGAUGUUUGUAGCCUCAGUUAUCCUUUCACUACAUCCUGUAAUAUUUUUAUAGCCUAGACAUUUUCUUUUUAUAAAAAAGUGUCAAUUUAUCAUGUAAAGAGGUAGCAAUUGCCUGUCAAUGCUUUGGAAAGACAAAUAGAGUUGCCUAUGGAGGCCAGGCUUCUUAAUUCAUUCAAAAAUAUUUACUGGAUGUCUACCAUGUGCCAAGCAUUUUUAGCCCCUGAUUAUACAGCUGUGAACCAACCAGACAAAGCCCUAAGCAUUUUCAGCAUUCUGUCUAGAUGGGGUGGGGUUGGGGACUUAAUUAAAAUAGAGAUACAGAGAAAUAUGCAUUUAAUGAUAAUAAAUUUAAUUAGCGUUUGAGAUUGUGUAAAAAUAAUUAGUAAGUAGAGCUAAAGCAACACAAUAUGUUAGAAAGGUUAAAAAUACAUUGCAGCAUUAUAAUCUCUAUUUGACUUUUGGGUUCAGGUAGCAAUUAUAGAUAACAUAAAAAGGCCUUAAUUUUUCACUUUUCUUGCCAGUAAAGGUAUGUUUAUUUUAGGCCGUCCAUUUAGAGUAGUGUUUUAAAAUAGCACAACUGUGAAAAACAUUCCAUUACAUAUUCACAAGCAACUUACUGCACAUUUUAAAAAUUGUAUUUUACAAUUUAGUUCAAAAUAUUUUAGGCCUCAAUCUGAUCUUCAAAUCACUGGUAUUUUAAAUUUGGCAAUGAAUAUGAAAUUACUUUUUGACUUACAGAAUGCUUGUAUUGUUACUUAUACUAUUUGUUAAUAUUUUAGAAGGUUGGAAUCUCUGGUCUUUUGAUGUUUAAAUUCUUGUUACUUAUUGUUGAUAGUGUCUAAUGAGAGGAAAUAAUGUUCAUGUGAUUAAAUAAAUUAGAAUAUAGUUGGAAGAAAAUUUUUUUUAUUGUUAAAACUUUGUCAUCAUGGGGUUAAAGUUUGGCCUGGUGUUCACUUACAACAUAUAUUAACAAGUUUAUGAAGUGAAAUAGUUUCAAGUAUGAUGUGUAAUGCACCUGCAUAUAAAUAAAAUUGGUGUGCACAAAGACACUUUACUAUAGGGAGCUGUACUGGAAGAUUUAUGAAAGCAUGUGAAAUUGCACCUAAAAUUGUAUUAGUGACUAUGCUGAAUUUAUUGUACUUGAUGAGUGAAUGUAUUUAGUGUAGUCAAAGUUACUUUGGUUUAAAUGUCUAAUCAAUGUCUCCUUUUAAUGUGUUUGUAAUUUGUAUUAUUGAUGGGGUAUUCUUGGACUACAGGGGUUAUUGUCAAUGUGUGAUUUGUGUUUUUAUUUUAUAGACUCAUCUAAUGUGAUACUGGUUUUUAUAAGUGAUAUUUAGAUAAUUCUAAUAACUGUAUAUUUGACAACCUAUUAAAAUGUUUUGCAUUGGA